GAGCUGCGCGCGCGCGCCCGCCGCGGGGACGUGACGUCAGAGAGGUGCGCCUCCGCCGCUUUGACUCAGUCAGUCGUUGAAUACCGAUGAAAAACGGAGAAAGUCAAGCUCUCGUCGACAGAUCCGGACUGAAACGAUCUCAGCAUGUCAGACUUGACGGACUCUCUGGUGGACGUGUCCAGCGACAGCUUCUGGGAGGUGGGGAACUACAAGCGUGCGGUGAAGCGUGUGGACGAUGGGAACCGGCUGUGUAAUGACCUGAUGAACUGUCUGCACGAGCGCGCACGCAUCGAGAAGAGCUACGCCACGCAGCUCACCGAGUGGGCCAAGCGCUGGAGACAGCUGGUGGAGAGAGGGCCUCAGUACGGGACGGUGGAGCGAGCGUGGUUCGCUCUGAUGACCGAGGCAGAGAAGGUGAGCGACCUGCACAUGGAGGUGAAGACUGCACUGACCGGAGAGGACCUGGAGAAAAUCAAGAACUGGCAGAAGGACGCUUACCACAAACAGAUGAUUGGUGGCUUCAAGGAGACCAAAGAAGCAGAAGAUGGCUUUCGCAAGGCACAGAAACCCUGGGCCAAGAAACUCAAGGAGGUGGAUGCGGUGAAGAAGGCCUACCACAACGCCUGUAAGGAGGAGAAAACGGCCUCCAGCCGAGAGAGCUCAAGCAAGCUGGAGAAUAACAACCCAGAGGCCCAGAAGAAGCUGCAGGAGAAAGUGGAGAAGUGCCAGCAGGAAGUUCAGAAGACGAAGGAGCGCUACAGGAAGUCUCUGGAGGAGCUGGAUAAGGUGACCCCUCAGUACAUGGAGAACAUGGAGCAGGUGUUCGAACAGUGGCAGCAGUUUGAGGACAGCAGACUGUGCUUCUUCAAAGAGCUGCUGCUGGGCGUCAAGCAGCACCUCGACCUGUCCUCCAAUCACAAGUACUCGACCGUCUAUCACACACUGGAAGACACCAUCCAGGCAGCAGACGCACAGGAAGACCUCAAGUGGUUCCGCUCCAACCACGGGCCCGGCAUGACCAUGAACUGGCCUCAGUUUGAGGAAUGGUCCAUGGAGCUGAACCGAAUGCUCAGUCGACGAGAAACCAAGAGGAAGCACACUGAUGGAGUCACUCUGACGGGGAUCAGUCAAAGCACGGAGCAGACCACUAAAACCACCAGCAGCAGCAGUGUGGCUGUGGCCAGUAGCUCAGAAGCAGCAUGCUUGAACCCGUUUGAUGAGGAUGAGGAUGAUGGCGUGGAGGAGGAGGAAGAGCCGGCGGUGGUAGAGCGGCCCAAGAGCAGCCCGGUCGCUGUCAAACGAGUUGAAGUGACCGCACAAACCGCUGCUCCUGUAGAGAAGAGCACAGCCGACGGCUCCGAUGAGGAGGCAGCGAACCCCUUCGCAUCUGCUAACGCUAACGGCAAUCCGUUCGAGGACGAGCCGUCUUCUGAGGAGGUGUGUGUGCCGGUGCGAGCCUUGUACGACUACGACGGACAGGAGCAGGACGAGCUCAGCUUCAAAGCAGGAGAUCAGCUGAUGAAGAUGGGCGAGGAGGACGAGCAGGGCUGGUGUAAAGGACGCCUGAGCGACGGCACCGUGGGUCUCUACCCUGCCAACUACGUGGAGGACCUGGAGUGA